AUGGCCGCACCACAGCAGCCCACCACCAUCAAGAUCGCGGAAGACUUACAGCCCGCACGGUCUUAUUCGACGGCAUACCAACCCCGGGGGAGGACAGAGACAGAAAUACUACCCGGCGUUGUCCACUCGCGCACACUCUCACGCACGUCGACCAGGCGACUCCAGCGAUGGCCGUCCAACGAUCCACGCGGUCGCACCAACUCUGUAGGCGGUGACGGCGACGAUGGGAACGAAUGGCUUGGCAACGAGAAGAAGACAAAGCAAGUCUUUCGUGGGACGACUUUGCUCUGGCUCGCGUAUCAGUCCGUCGGUGUCAUCUAUGGGGAUAUCGGAACGAGUCCCCUUUACGUCUUCUCCUCGACCUUCUCUCAGAAUCCUACCUAUGAUGAAGUGGUGCAAGUCCUCUCCGUCAUUCUCUGGUCGAUCACACUCGUGGUGACGGUCAAAUAUGUCUUUAUCAUCCUGAGGGCCGACAAUGAGGGCGAAGGAGGGACAUUCAGCUGCUAUUCCUUGCUCACGCGCUUUGCAAACAUCACGGACCGCGAUCCGAAAGAACAGGGUUUGGUGCGCAUCGAACGCCACCGCACCGAAGAUUUGCAGCCUGUCAACCGAACCAUCCGCUCGACCAUCGAACAAAGCAAGUUCUUCCACGGGCUCCUCAAGGCGAUCGGCGUCCUCGCUGUAUCUAUGGUCAUGGCCGAUGGGGUGCUCACCCCCGCGCAGUCUGUACUGGGCGCCGUCCAGGGCCUCCAGGUGGUGAAACCGGACAUCUCCCAGCCCACCAUCGUCGGGACGUCCUGCGGCAUCCUCAUUCUCCUCUUCCUGCUUCAACCGUUAGGGACGAGCAAGCUCGCUUCUGCCUUUGCGCCCAUCGUCAUCCUCUGGCUCGGCUUCAACGGCGGUUUUGGCAUCUACAACCUGGUCAAGUUCGAUUACACUGUGCUCAAGGCCUUCAACCCCUACUGGGCGUUUCAGUUCUUCAUACAGCACAAGACCGAGGCAUGGAAGAAACUCGGCGGCGUCUUGCUGGCGUUUACCGGCGUCGAGGCGCUCUUUGCCGACCUGGGUGCGUUUAGUCUGAGGGCUAUCCAGCUCAGCUGGAUGUGCUACACUUUCCCUUGCCUCCUUCUGGCAUAUUUGGGUCAGGCAUCGUAUAUCAGCGUCCAUCCAGAGGCGUACGACAACCCUUUCUACAAUGCGGCACCACCAGGGAUGCUCUACCCGAGUUUGAUUGUGGCCAUUCUGGCGGCUAUUGUUGCGUCGCAAGCCAUCAUCACGGCAACCUUCCAGCUCAUCAGCCAGAUCAUGAAGCUCUCCUAUUGCCCGCAGGUCAAGGUAGUCCACACCUCAAAGACCUUCCACGGGCAGCUCUACGUGCCCUUCCUUAACUGGCUGCUCAUGCUGGGCACGAUCCUCGUAACAGCGGUGUACAGCAACACGACGCGUCUCGGUAACGCGUACGGCGUCUGCGUCAUGUUUGUCACCUUCUUCGACACGUGCAUGACCACGCUGGUUGCGCUUAUUGUUUGGCGCCUCUCGCCCCUUGUCAUCUUCCUGCCCUGGCUCUUCUUCGCCUGCAUUGACGGUCUCUACCUGUCGUCCGCGCUGACAAAGGUCCCCGACGGCGCCUGGCUCACGUUGACCAUCUCGGGCAUCCUAGCUUGUCUCUUCCUCCUUUGGCGCUUCGGCAAGGAGAACCAGUGGCGCGCCGAAGCCGAGGACCGCUUCCGGCCCAGCAGCCUCGUCACCAGAGACUUGUCCGACGAUGAUGGCGACAACGACGACUCGAAGCUCCGCCUCACCUCCAAAUGGGGCGGUGACCCGCUGGCCAGGCUGCGUGGCCUGGGCAUCUUCUUCGACAAGACGGGCGUCAUGACGCCCAUGGUGUUUACACAGUUUGUCUGGAAGUUCAUCGCCGUCCCCGACGUUAUCGUCUUCUUUCACCUGCACCCCGUCGAGACGCCCACAGUGGCCGAGGCGGAGCGCUACGCUGUCGUGCGAUUCCGCGAUAUCCCGGGCUGCUAUCGGCUGGUCGUGAAGCACGGCUUCAUGGACGAGGUAGUCACACCGGAUCUGGCGGCCCUCAUCUACGCGCAGGUGCGCGAGUCCAUCGUCAGGCUUGCGCACGAGCAUGAUGAGCGGAGGCCGGGCCCGGGACCCGUGGCGAGCUGUAGCGAUGGGGAGAGCGGACAGCAAAAGGUAGAGGGCCAAGGUGCUGAGCAACAAAUAGGUAGCGACAAAGCGGUACCGGAGCUGCGGGACGAAAAGAUCGCGGCAGAGCUGGCCAGGCUGGACCGGGCAUACGCGGCCAAGGUGAUGUAUAUUGUGGGCAAGGAGCAGAUGCAUAUCAAACAGACAUCACCACUUUGGCGCAAGGCUAUAUUGGGGGCGUUCUUAUGGAUUAGAGACAACACGAGGACAAAGGUGGCGAAUCUACGUCUGGCAAUGGACAGAGUGGUCGAGGUAGGGUUUGUCAAGGACGUAUGA